AUGAGUUCCUCUGGUCAAUCUGAUAGGCCAACAAAAGAACAUGACCUUCAAAAGGAAAAAAAUGAGAAGGAAAUUAUUACCUUCCCAAAACAAAUCUAUGGGCUUUUUGAAGAGGCCAGUGAGUUUUGCAGUGAAACAGGGGCUGAGGUUGGCAUCAUUGUCCUCUCCGAGGACAACGAGACAGCCUAUUCAUUUGGCAAUCCAGACAUCAACACCGUAACAAACAGGUUUCUUGCCCAAGAAUCUGAUGGUUUGAUUCCAAAGGAGAAUCAAGCCAUGGAGUGUCUUUUUUCGACCGACAAUCAGAAAGCACGAAAGAAGAAAUUCAAUCGUGCAAAGAAAGUUGACAACAAGGAGAAAGAUAUUCCAAAUUUGGGAGAACUCAACUAUGAACAACUUGGAGAUUUGAAAGGAAAAAUCAUGGAGCUCUCCAAGAAACUUAAGACCAAAAUCAUGAUUUAA